AUGCUUGAGUCCCUUUUCGUUCUUCUCGUCUCUCUGGUUUCGACAGUAUAUGCUUGGCCGGAUGGUGCUCCGUGUGUACAUGCUGCUUUCGAGAGUAUGAAUCCAUUGGAAGCAGUCGAACAUCAGGGAGGUCUUCAAUUAUCAACACCUCCAUAUGAGAUCGCAGUGGAUCAGAAGUGUUAUUGGAGGAAUCAACCUAUAGGGUUAACCCUUCAAGGACACAACGAAUCAAUUUGGUUCAAAGGAUUUGUGAUUCAGCCUUUCAAAUGGAACAACGAUCAACUCGGAGAACGAUUUGGACAACUUGUGAGACUCGAUGAUAACGGGUCAUGGCAGCAGCAAUGCUUCAGGUAUCAAGUGUCUGCUACUCAUUCUCACGACGAGAAGAAGAAGCACAUUAAGAUGUGGUGGAAGGUGGAUGAUGAGGUGGACACAGUUCAGUUUGUCGCUACCGUUGUCAAACAUCAAACUCAAUUCUGGGUCAAGUCAGUCCGUUCCCGUCCACUUCCACCUUGCCGUCUGAAUCGUGAUGGUUUCCCCAACUACCAGGCACCAGCUCCAUCAGUUCCACCACAAGUCAAACAGUUCAAAAUGGAGACGUUCCGUGUAUUCGAUUCGAUUGUGCGUAGGCGCCCAUUCAACUAA